GCCUCAACUCAGUGAGUCGGUUGGCAUUAAUCAGAGUAGGAGGAGUCCUACAAAAAUGGUCACAUUCUCGGACAACACCUCCCUCUCUUCUUCAAACAAUGCUUCCCCGGCUCCCAAGUUCGCUAACUCCUCCACCACUCGAAUCUUUUUGGAUGUUGCUGGGGAUAUCACCAUUGCUGUUGAUGGAGAAUCUUUUCUACUUCAUAAGUUUCCAUUGGUAUCUCGAAGUGGAAAGAUUCGGAAAAUGGUUGCCAAUGGUAAGGAUUACAAUGUUUCAAAACUGGAACUCGUUAACUUCCCUGGAGGACCUCAGACAUUCGAACUUGCCAUGAAAUUUUGCUACGGUAUGAACUUCGAGAUUACCACCGCAAACGCCGCCCUCCUACGCUGUGCUGCCGAGUAUUUGGAAAUGACAGAAGACUACCGGGACGAAAAUCUUAUUGCACGAACCGAAGUUUACUUGAAUGAGGUUGUAGCCCAUAGUCUUGAGAAGUGUGUGGAAGUACUUUGUACUUGCGAGACACUGCCUCCAAUAGCUGAGGAACUGGGAAUUACAGAUAGAUGUGUGGAUGCCAUUGCCAUGAAUGCUUGCAAGGAGCAAUUGGUUUCAGGUUUGUCUGGUUUGGACUGUGAUGGUGAAUCUACAGAACUUAAGUCUGGUUGUCUCGAAUGGUGGAUCGAAGAUCUUUCUGUUCUAAGGAUUGAUUAUUAUCACAAGGUUAUUAUUGCCAUGGGCAGAAUAGGUGUUAGACCAGACAGUAUUGUGGAAUCAUUGAUGCAUUAUGCUCAAGCAUCAUUGAAAGGUAUCGGAAAAUGUCAGAUUUUGAAUCCAGUGAGAACGAAACCGAUCUCUGCCACUGCUGAAAAUGAGCAGAGGACAAUUGUGGAAACCAUUGUAAGCCUCCUGCCAGAAGUGAAGAGCUCUUCUAUUCCAUUGAGUUUCCUGUUUGGGAUGCUAAGGAUGGGAAUUAUGGUGGAAGCUAAGGUCGCCUGCAGGCUCGAGCUUGAGAGUAGAAUAGCUUUUAGAUUAGAAAUCGUUUCACUUGAUGAUCUGCUCAUACCGUCUCUCAGUGCCGGGGAUUCUCUAUUCGAUGUUGAUACUGUCCACCGGAUACUCAUAAAUUUCCUGCAGCAGAUUGAAGAUGAAGAAAAUGAAGACUGUGGUGGAUAUGAGUCCGAUGGGGGCCAUGGUUCUUUGUUGAAGGUGGGACGGCUUAUCGACUCGUAUUUAGCUGAAAUUGCCCCUGAUCCUUAUUUAAGUUUGCAGAAAUUCAUUGCCAUGAUAGAAAUAUUACCGGAUUAUGCUCGGGUUAUCGAUGAUGGUCUUUACAGAGCAAUUGAUAUAUACUUAAAGGCUCAUCCAAUGCUAAGUGAUCAUGAGUGUAAGAAGCUGUGCAGAGUCAUAGACUGCCAGAAACUGUCUCAAGAAGCAAGCAACCAUGCUGCACAAAAUGAGCGACUUCCGGUACAGAUGGCAGUUCGGGUCCUAUACUUCGAGCAGCUGCGAUUGAAGAAUGCCUUGUGUACACGCAGUGGGGAUGGAUUACUGUCCCAGAAAAUAAGCAGUGGAGUCCCGAGUGCAGCCAUGUCGCCUCGCGAUAAUUAUGCAUCUCUAAGAAGAGAAAACCGAGAACUGAAGCUGGAGAUAUCGAGAAUGAGAGUAAGGUUGAGUGAGUUGGAGAAAGAGCAGGUGGUGAUGAAACGUGGGAUGAUGGACAAGUCGGGAAAUGGGAAAACAUUCUUCAACUCUCUUUCGAAAGGGAUAGGAAGGAUCGGGAUAUUUAGCGGUCCCGGUGAAGGAAAACACCAAAAAUCAGGCCGCAAGUCUCGAGGAUCAGAGGCGAAAACUGGAAGGAGUCGGAGGUAUCCGUAAAACAUUCACUUGCUUGCUUGUAUUUAGUAGUAGGAAGUAGGACUUGAAGCCUCUCAUUUCUGAAAGUAUGUAUGUAUGUAUAUACAUGCAUAUGGAGAUUUGUAUAUUUUGAUCGCUUGACAAUGGCAAUUAACUAAUUAACAAGUUUACC